AUGGACUCGUUGAAAACCGACGACACCAAUCGGUAUCCAUGUCCGCAUCCGAAAUGCAAUAAGUCUUUCACCAGACGUGAACAUCUAUCGAGACAUAAGCUGAAUCACUGGCCUAAAGAAAUCUUUAAAUGCACUUACAGGUCUCCAGAAGGCGGUACCGUUUGCAAUAGAACAUUUGUACGACGGGAUUUGUUGGUAAGACACAAAAAACGACAUCAACGUGCUAAUGGAAGACUGAGCAUCGCGAUUGCGCACGACAACAAUGGGCUCGCUGAGUCCGAUGCAGAGGCUCCCGAGGCACCCAAGGCUCCCGAGGCACCCGAGGCCCCCCAGGUGCAACAGGUGUGGCAGGUGUUACAAGAACCCAGCUGGGAUACACUGUACUCACGGACCGGCACCAAUACAAUUUUGGAAGAGCGAUUACCGCAGCGGCAAUCGCUGGAGCAAUUCGUCAAUUGGAUUUUCGAAGGGGACAAAACUGCGAAAAGGGACCCCACCGAUGUAACGCUUCAAUUUCCUCUCCAGCAUGCCGUAGAGACCGUGGACCCUGGCGCAACAAACGUGUCGACAUCGAUUCUCGACGACUUUCCGUCACAACAGAGCUCUAGACUUAUUUCGAACGACGUCGUCGAGGACCCUCUUGCAGCACUGAUUCAAGAGCUUGUGACUCCACCGCCACCUUUGGACGUGGCUUCUAUUAACAAUGCGCUUGAUAACCCCACCGGUUUACCGCCAUACGAACAAGAAAACUUCAGUGGCACGAUACGAGACAACGUGCGUUCUCAAAAGAAUAAGGUCAACUCAUUGCGCGUUCAAGUCGCUUCCGAUGAGCAAAUGGAGGCGGCCGCGUCGCCUUCGAAUAAAUCCGCCAAUUUGGCACGAACACUCAACAUGAGCCCGUCUUUUUUCAGCACUGAUCCACUCCAGAAAUACAAGAUGUCGCCUCGAACUCUCGACUGCAUGAUCGAAAUCAUACCUGCGCUGUCAAAAGUGCCCAUUGAAGACAUUGAAAAGGGCAUCAAGUCCUUCUGGCUCAAUUUCCAUCCUCAAUAUCCCAUCUUGCACAAACCCUCGUUUCAAAUUAGCUUGCAACCGCCAGUGUUGCUGCUUUCUAUGACCAUGAUAGGCGCGAGCUUUUUGGGGUCUGAAUACAAGGAAAAAUUGAGCGACGUGAUUUGCUUGCCUCUAAGAUGGGUCAUUUUCUCGCAUGAAGAUUUUCAACCUCCAUCCGAGACUUAUAUCAUAUAUUCGCUUUUGCUUUUAGAAUGCUAUGAAAAAGCCAAUACUAGCAGGUAUCUCCAUGAAAGAAGCUACUUGCAUCACGGUACAACUAUCCAAUUGCUACGACGAACUCCUUCGCUCGGCGGCCACCCACUACAUUUCAAAACUGAGCGGUUUUUAAAGGACAAAAACACCGACGAUAUCUUCUGCGAAUGGAUCCAGUUUGAGUUUUUGAAACGAACCGCAUUUUUUGCCUUCUAUGUCGAUGCGACCCAUGCCGUUGUCUUUGGAUAUACUAACUUGUUUAUCAACUGUGAUCAAAUGCAGCUUAGCCUACCUUGUUCCGAUGAAAUCUGGGAGUCCUCUGAACUGGAUUACUCAAGCUUGAUUGCGCACGGUUUUGGUCAAAGGCCUACGCGCUUCCUAGACGCUUUGAAGGGCCUGAUGCAGAUAACUCUAAAAGAAAUUCAGGAUCAAAAUUCGCAAACCGAAGCCGCCGCUAGGCUUUCCGAGCUAAUACCGAGCAGAUAUGGCUCAAAAAUACUCUUAGCGGGCAUAAUUUCCAUGAUGUUCCAUUUCCAGCAGCAGUCCAACGACACUGGUCUUUUAAACGUUUUUCACAACGCAAAUUCAACUUUGUCCUGGCAGGAAAUGAUCUCACACUCGAUUGAUCUGUGGGAAACCAGCAUUCUGAAAGGUUGCGGCAACUCAAAGAACUUCUCAGAGUCAAUUCCGACUGAUCUGGCGGACCCGUCGCUCAGUUUCCUCGUCUCCGAAAGGGAAACCAAAUGUAAGCUUCCGGCAUACCACAUGGCCCAAAUUACGAUGCGCAUAUUCCAGUACGACUACACCAUUUUUGCCGGAGCCCCGUGGCGAAUGAACGUGAAAACGGGCAAAGAAGAGUACGAGCUUGUUUCGUUACGGCUUCAGCACUUCAGCCAAGAUCCAAUGAUUGGCGGCGUGACGCUUGUGUAUGCUUACCAGUUUUUGUUCGAAGUAUUCGAUGAGGGCAAGUCGAUGGACUACGACCCUAAUGUGGAUUGUAACAUGGCCCGCCCACAGACUUUAACGCUGGUCAUACUUCUGAUAUGGGGCUACAAUUUCGCUCGCCACGGUCCGGAGGCAGAUGUGUGGGACGAUUUCAAGCGCGACAAAUCCCAGUAUGUGCCCAAGGAAACUGCCUCGAGUUAUAUCUCACGUCUUGCGCGACAUCUGAAACUGAAUUCGUCCUCCGACGUUGCUCGGUAUCGCGAUCAGGUCAAAAAGAAGGCCCUUAUUCUCCACGACCUUACAGACACUAAUAAUGUCUGUGGACUGCUUUGCCAUAUGCGCGACAUCUUCGGCUCGAACUACUGGGAAUUGAGCCGGGAGCUCGCUAGACUUUUUGACAACUGCAUCGAGCGGAGCAUGGGCCGCAAAAGUAUCACCUGUCCCAACAUGUACUCCUCUCAGUCAAAGGGCUGA